CUGACGAUAUACAGUAUCUCGUCUUUGCUCUCAGAAAACUAUUUGACAGAUGAAGUUUUGGGGGCGUGGUCUAUUAGGACAAAUCAGGAAGAGGGCUCUGAUUGGCUGGAAUAACCUAUCGCCCCGCCCCAUUCAAGUGACGAAUGUGAAAGUAACAACAAAAAGUUGAAAAACAAAAAAUAAAGUAGAAGGCGAGAAACAGCCCGGAGGGAACCGGAGGAGCGGGGAGGCCCAGAGGACCAGGCCGGUGUGAGAGCGUCCCUCAGCGGGGAGCGGCAUGAGGCGGCCCGCUCAGGGCGGAUCAUGGCCGCAGUGAUUCGGGAUGGAUCCUGGUGGGGCGUCGCGGCGAAGCAGCCGGUCCGCGGAGACCUGGAGGGGGCACAUCAUCCAGCAGCUGAAGCACCGGGACCGGAUCCAGAGCGCCAUGUUCCAGGACCUGAUCCGGUUCUACACUGGGCUGCUGGAGAAAACCAGUAUGACCAAAAGGCUCCUCAGCAGACCUCCCGCUGAGGCCUGCGCCCGUUCCUCUCUGCAGCAACUGAAGAAGACGACAGGCGAGCUGGCCUACAAGGUGUUGGAGCUGCAGCAGCAGAUUAAAAUCAAAGAGCAUGUCCAGCAGGAACUACAAACCAGACUACAGAAGGAGGGCGGUCGGCUAGCAGAGUCGUCCGAAGCUAAACGGGCUCUGAGGGAUGAGGUGGAGCAGGUCAGACAGAAGAACAAGACGCUGAAGGCGGCGUAUGAUGCGCUGCUGCAGCGUCAGAGGGAGGCGGAGUCCAAACUCAGGGAAGAGAAGGAGAAAGAGGAGCGCGUCCUGGAGGACAUGAUGCAUCAGAAGAAGCAGGCCGCCGCCCGCAUGAACCACCGCAACGAACGCCGCUCCAGAGCUCGACAGGCAACCAUGGAGAAGCAGCUGCAGACAGCUGCCAGGUCAAAGGUCAUCGUCAAGAGUUCGUCCAGCGCUCCGACUUCCAGGUCCACGUCUCUGAAGCCGGAGGAUCAGGACAAGUCCGGCGGCCGAGGAGCGACUCGCCUCUUCAGGUCGGCGUCGGCCUCCUCGCCGAGGUUCUUCUCCUCCAUCAGAGAGAUGUUUGACAGGAAGAGAAGGGGUCACUCGGUCCACAGCCUGGAGGAGGAUCUGCUGUUUCCCGUCGGAAUCUGUUUAUCAGCCAGAGUUCCUGUCAGACCGCUGCAAGUCCUGGAAGCCCAUGAGCAAGGCAUCAACGCGGUGCGGUUCAGCUUCGGCUCAGACCUGCUGGCCACCGGCGGGACAGACCGGGUCAUCAAGCUGUGGGACGUCCGGGCAGGCUCGCUGACCCACAGAGCCACGCUGGACGGCAGCACGGAGGGAAUCACCUGCGUGGAGUUCGACCACAUGGGCCGCAGGAUCCUGGCGGCGUCGCACAACAAGUCCGCCCUGCUGUGGCGCCUGGAUGACUCCGCCCCCAAGGUGACUCUGACGGGUCACAGCAGGAAGGUGACGGCGGCCAGGUUCACCUGCGUCCCCCACCAGGUGGUGACAGGAAGCACCGACCGGACCGUCCGGCUCUGGGACCUGAACAUAGCCGCCUGUGUCCAGCAGGGGGAGGUGGCGUCGUUCUGCAGCGACUUGGUCUGUUCUGACAGCAGCAUCAUCAGCGGACAUUUUGACUGCAAGAUCAGAGUCUGGGACAGCAGGACGGUGAGCUGCGUUCAGGAGCUUCCCUCUCAGGGCAGAGUCACCUCUCUGGACCUGAGCUCCGACCGGCGCCAGCUGCUCAGCUGUUGCCGUGACGACUGCCUCCAGCUACUGGACCUGCGCUGGACCAACGACCGGAUGUGCUUUAGAGCCGACGGCUUCAAAUGCGGCGGCGACAGCACCAAGGCGGUCAUCAGCCCAGACGGAUGCUACCUGGCGGCCGGGUCCGCUGACGGAGCCGUUUACAUCUGGAACGUCUCCACCGGGGGCCUGGAGACCCGCCUCCCCGACCGGCACAGCUCGUCCGUCACCGCCGUGUCCUGGUCUCUCUCCGGAGAACACUUCGUCAGCGUGGACAGGAGCCGGCGGGCCGUCCUCUGGAGUGACAUCUGAACCGGCCAAUCAGACGAGACUUCCUGUGGAGACACAUUUGAACCAGCCAAUCCAGCAGCAGUUCACGGCGUGACGAUGGAUUGGGUCUGAGAAAUGACUCGGGGAAGGUUUACGGGUUUUUAGCCUCGUGUUGAUGAGCGGAAAAAGGGAAGUUUGGACUUUUUAAAUAUUUUCUAACAGACCUUUGCUGCAGUAACAGAUUUAACAAGGGAACGUUGAUUUUUUAAUUAACUUUCAGCUUUUUAAACAUGAAAACCGUUAAACUUUGAGAUGUAGAACAAACUCCCAGGAUGGAAAAUACCAGCAGGUUUUAUUGACAUUUGAGAGAAUGUGUUGAUUGGUGCUUCGUCAGAAGCCAGGCGGACAUCAGGAGCGUUCACUGGACAGGUGUUCACACCUGACACAGGUAAAACUCACCCAGCUGUUUAAACUUGAAGUCUCUGAAAGUCAGAGAUGUGUGGAAAUCUGGCAGAAGAAUGUUUCGUCUUCUGCAGCACUUUACGGACAGAACGUUCCCAAGAACUAAAAGUUCUCCCAGACUGAACUGGUUCUUUAGUGUAAGGGAUAAAAACGGCAGAGCAUCAACCAGCGUCCAGACUUCAGGGUUUCGGAGCAAACAGUCGCAGUUUGUUCUGAUUGGUGCUGAAGAAUCUGAUUAACAGCCAGAGCUGCAGGCGGGUACCAUGUGUUUCUCCUGAGAUCGGACCGGGUUACGACACGGUCAGGACGGACUCACCAGCUGGAGCUGAUGGAUUUCAUCUGACAUGACAGACGAUGGGGAGAAAUUUCUGAUUAAUGCUGACCGACAAUUAUGACUCCAAAAACCCGAUAAACAUCAGAUAAGCCCUGUUCACACGGAUCUGUCGUUUUUAGCUGCCAACUGUCCCAGACUUUGACUGCAAUUUGUAUUCACGAACACUAGAUGGCGCUGCUCUCCUUAAGUAAGUAGAAAGCAACGAAGCUCUGAGUCUCAGAAUGAGUCCUGCAGUCAGACAGUCACAGUUUCUUUUAUAAAAGAUAAGAGACUCUAAAUCUACCAAACAAUCUGUGGCUUUAAAGUGUGAUGACGAGAUCAAAGCUCCUGACAUGCAGAUGAGAACAAUUUAUCUCAGCUGUUUUAAUCACGUUUAAUUAUGAAUAAGAAAAAUUUGUUUCAGAAAAUGCAGAUUUGUAUCUAAUUAGUUAAUUAGUAGUUAAUUAAUUGUUUUUGCAUAGUGAAAGCAGCUUGAAGUUACAGUUUUACCGCCUUCUUCACCACUGGAAGACUUAAGGAAAAGAAACAUUGUGUUGAUUAAAUCCGUCAUGAAAAUAACAGAUUAAAUCCUGUUAAUGUGAAAAUAACAGAUUAAAUCCUGUUUAUAUG